UUAGCACCUAGGUUACAUGUUUUGGAUUGGAUUUAUUGAUCGGAGGGCUAUAAAAAAGCUUCCCCUCCCCUGCACAAACACAACAUUUAGUGCCCACACACAAUGCAGAAGAUGCUGAAAGUUACCUCAUAGAAUGCAAUUACUCAACUUUUGAUUCUAGGCGGCAAGAGUGAAGCACUCUAAGCCAGUCUCACAAUGUUUCUUCGCCGGGUUGCUACAAAGUUGCCUCAACCAACCAGGUUCUUUUGCAAUGCUAGUAACCAUGAUAUUUCCAAUGCUAUUGCAGAACUUAACAAGGAAAUGGAAUCCAUAUUUGGUGAACCUCCCCCGCCUAGUCUUUCAGGCCAUGCCGGAAACCAGGAUGUUACAAUAGAGUCUGUCUCUCUCCCACCAGAUGUCCAAGAAAAUGACUUAAGGUUGACUCACAUUGGCAGCUCAGGUGAGGCCAAAAUGGUAGACGUAUCCAGUAAAGAGGUUACCAAUAGAGUGGCAGUUGCUAGCUGCAAGGUCAUUUUGGGAAGGAAAGUGUUCAACCUUGUUUCAGCCAACGAGAUGGGGAAAGGAGACGUUCUUGGUGUGGCUAAGAUAGCUGGAAUCUGCGGGGCAAAGGAGACGAGCAGAAUCAUCCCACUGUGCCACAAUAUUAACUUGACGCAUGUCCGAGUGGGUUUGACUUUGAACCCUGAAGAUUCGAGUGUUGAGAUAGAAGGGGAAGUGGCCACGUGCGGACAGACCGGAGUGGAGAUGGAGGCCUUGACGGCAGUGACUGUGGCUGGCCUGACGGUAUAUGACAUGUGCAAAGCAGCUUCAAAAGACAUCCGGAUUACAAAUGUAAAGCUUGAACGGAAAAGUGGUGGGAGGACUGGUGAUUGGUCCCGAGAGAAAUGAUUAUUAUUUGUCUAGAAGAUGGGACAUUUUUUCAAAUAUUUAUUGGAAAAAGAGGUGGGAAAUUUGUGGAAUUGAUCAUGAGUUGAGAAAUCUAAGCUCCAAGAUUUGAAUUGAACAGUUGGUGUAAGCAGAACAAGAACUAUCCGGUUGAUAGCAUGUCAAAAGGUACACAUUGAAGGAAAAUUAUAAUAAGGGUAGAUGAGUUUUCAGAGACGACUAAAUCUAAUAAUCUGUGUACAUGUGAGAAUGAGAAAUCUCUGAAGGGAGAUGUACAUUCCAACAAGAGUUCUACAAUUUGAGAGAUACUUUUGAACUUUUAAAAGUUAGAGAAAUUUAUUAUUUAAGUUAUGUAAUUUUCGAUUGUGCAACUUGACUUACAUGUAGAUUUGUUUUUGCUACUAAUAAAUCUAUCCAUAUUAAGGACUAUUGCACAA